ACAAACUCGAACGAAGCAGUCUGUACCGAUUUCAGUGAGCGAGUGUUUACAAGUUUUAAAGUCAGUGAGGAAGCUGUUGCAGAUGACAGCAUGGAUUUCGAAAAUGACGAACAAUAUAAAGACCAGAGCAUUCAAACAGAYGAUUACGAUGAAUUACAAUCUCUAAAGGACAAAAUAUCUGCUCUCACAGCAAAAAUACACUGUUUGGAGGCACAAAUGAACGACCUGAACUCUAAACCAAAGUUUGAAAUCAGUGACCACAAAGACAGCGAUGAGGACAUUGUAUUUUAUACAGGUUUUCCCAACUAUGAAACUUUAGAACUGUGUUUUGACUUAUUGAAAGAAAAAGCAGCCCACUUGUGCUAUAAGAACAGAGACGAAACUGAAUUCCCAACCAAUUAUAAGAAACCAGGUAGUAAGAGAAAGCUUACUAUCUGGCAGGAGUUUACCAUGGUAGUUGUACGCUUACGUCUGGGAUUGUUCAAGAAAGACAUAGCUGAGAGAUUUAGAGCGUCUGUGUCCACAGUUUCAGUGAUAUGAAGAGCAUGGAUUAAAUUCAUGAAGAAAGAGCUUGAACCUAUUUGUAUUAAGUGGCCAUCAAAAGAACAGAUUAUUCACUUUAUGCCACCAGUGUUCAAGUUGUUUUACCCUCAUUUAGUGUCAAUCAUUGAUUGUACAGAAAUUCAAAUGGAAUCACCAUCUGGUCUUGACAACAGGUCAUUGUGCUAUUCCAGUUACAAAUCCCAUACAACAAUGAAAGCUCUUAUUGGUAUUACUCCUAAUGGCGUUCUGUCAUUUUGCAGUGAUCUUUACUGUGGAUCCAUCAGUGACAUUGAGAUUGUGAACAAAUCUGGCUUUUUAACACAUUUAUGUAGAGACGAUUGGGUGAUGGCAGACAAAGGUUUUACUAUAAAAGAUGAAUUAGCAGCAGUUGGGGCAAAGCUAGCUUUGCCACACUUCUUAAGUGGGAAAACUCAGUUCACCAAACUGGAAUCAGAUCAUAAUAAGAAGAUUGCAAGCCUCCGCAUACACGUUGAAAGAUACAUGGAGAGACUURAGAACUGGCAUGUCUUUGAUCGACCAGUACCAAUACACCAUUUCGCGGAUAAUUCGAAAGUUUACAUUACGUUGUUAUGGUAAAUCAUUGACAUCACUGGAAAGAGCUUCAUAAAAUCAGCAAAUUUGCCAAGUUUGAAAAUAAUCUGAUUUAAAUUCAAAGAGAUAUGGCACUUCAAAAACACU